UUUCAUCUAUUCAAUUUCAUAAAUAAUAUAAAAAUCCCUCUCUCUGUCUCUUGCAGGAUAAGCAAACCUGAAUUUCUAUCAGCGGCGGCAAUGGGGCAUAUGUGACUCGAAGGCUGUCGAUACCGUAGUGUGGAACGCUCUGUGGACCACUAUGGCAAGCCCCGUGAAGAUUAGUUGGGUCGGCACUUCUUGAAGUGCUUUGGGUUUUGUAGAUUGAUGGAUUUAGAUAAAUAAUGGGCAAUGAAAAACCUCAUAUUUUGCCUGAAAAAACCUUACAACCUCAAACCCAGACAUGCUUUCAACUUCUCUGUCUUAGCAUCAGAAAACCAACAACUUCGAACUAGAAGGCGUUCGUUGGCCAACCUUUUACAACUCAGUUCCUCGGAAAAUCCCAUUUUGCACUACAAGAAAGUUCAUGCCCAAUUUGUCGUGUUGGGUUUUCAGUAUGAUGUUUUUCUUGCCAACUUUCUCUUACGGUAUUUCACAAAAUCUGAUUGUCUUCUCGAUGCACGGAAACUGUUCGAUAAAAUGCCUGAGAGGAAUUCAAUUACAUGGACCACGUUGGUUUCCAUGUAUGUCCACGAGGGUUAUUACGAAGAAGCAUUGGUGAUCUUCUUAGAGUUUCGGAGAAGUUCUGAUUGGAAAGCUAGUGAGCAUGUCUUAGCUAGCAUUAUCCGUGGGUGUACACAGUUGAGCUCGGUUGGCCAAGGUUGUCAAGUGCAUGGUUUUAUUAUUAAAACAGGUUUUGAGCAAGAAGUGUAUGUGGGUACUUCUUUGAUUGACUUUUACUCUAAGCAGGGUGAUAUAGAAGAAGCAAGAAUGAUAUUUGAUGGUUUGUUUGUAAGAACUAGUGUUACUUGGACUACGAUUAUCACAGGUUAUAUAAAAGCUGGAAAAAGUGAAGUGUCUUUGCAAUUGUUUUGCCAAAUGACAGAAGCCAAUACUCUUCCUGACAACUAUGUGACAUGCAGUGUAUUAAGUGCCUGUGCAAUGCUCAAGUUCCUUGAAAUUGGCAAGCAACUACAUGCUUAUGUGUUGAGGCUGGGAAUGGAAAUGGAUGCUUCAGUGUUGAAUGCACUUAUUGAUUGUUAUGUCAAGUGUGGUAAAGUUCAAGCAGGACGGAAACUUUUUGAUCACAUGGUUGUAAAAAACAUUAUUUCAUGGACCACAAUGAUUUCCGGGUAUAUGAAAAAUUCAUAUGAUUUUGAAGCAAUGCAACUAUUUUUCGAAAUGGCCAAAUUUAGCUGGAAGCCAGACGAAUUUGCUUGCACUAGUGUUCUUACUUCAUGUGGUUCAGUUGAGGCACUAAAACAUGGGAAACAAGUUCACGCUUACGCCAUCAAGGUCAAUCUUGAGUAUAACAAUUUUGUGAAAAACGGCCUGAUUGAUAUGUAUGCAAAAUGCUAUUCUUUAGCCGAUGCAAGAAGAAUUUUUGAUGGUAUUAGUGAUCCCAGUGUUAUUUCAUACAAUGCAAUGAUUGAGGGAUAUUCAAGACAGCAGAAGUUGUGUGAAGCAAUUUAUCUUUUUGGUGUUAUGAGGCGUAGAUUGUCCAAACCAGGUCUCUUGACAUAUGUUAGCCUUCUUGGUGUAUCUGCUGUCUCAUUUAACUUGAAAUUGAGCCAACAAAUUCAUGGUCUCAUCACUAAAUGUGGAUUCUCUUUGGACAUAUUUGCUUCCAGUGCACUAGUAGAUGUUUAUUCUAAGUGUGCUUGCAUUAAGGAUGCUAGGCUUGUAUUUGAGGAAAUGAAUGAAAAAGAUAUUGUAGUUUGGAAUGCAAUGUUCUUUGGGUAUGUCCAACAAUCAAAAAGUGAGGAGGCCUUAAAUCUCUACUUUGAUCUGCAGUUAUCAGGACAAAAACCUGAUGAUUUUACUUUUGUUGCGCUGCUUACUGCAACAAGUGAGUUAGCCAGUCUUCACCAUGGCCGAAAGCUCCAUAACCAAGUUAUCAAAAUGGGUCUUGAUUUUGACUCUUUCAUCACCAGCUCUAUCUUGGAUAUGUAUGGCAAGUGUGGAAGCAUUGAAGAAGCUUGUAAAACAUUUUCUCAUACUAGUUGGAGAGAUGUUGUUUGUUGGAACUCCAUGAUCUCAACUUAUGCACAUCAUGGAGAAGCAAAGAAAGCACUUCAGAUAUUUGAAAGAAUGAUAAAUGAGGGAAUCAAGCCUAAUUACAUCACAUUUGUGGGUGUCCUAUCAGCAUGUAGCCAUGGAGGGCUUGUGGAAGACGGACUUGGCUAUUUUGAAUCAAUGCCUCAGUUUGGCGUUGAUCCAGGGACUGAUCAUUAUGCUUGCAUAGUUUCUUUACUGGGGCGAGCUGGGAAAUUACUUGAGGCUAAGAAAUUCAUAGAGAAAAUGCCAAUAAAACCAGCAGCAGUGGUAUGGAGGAACUUGCUAAGCGCAUGUGGGGUUGCAGGAAACAUAGAAUUCGGUAUAUACGCUGCAGAAAUGGCACUUUCGAGUGAUCCAGUUGAUAGUGGAUCGUACAUUUUGCUUUCAAAUAUUUUUGCAUCCAAAGGUAUGUGGGUUGAUGUGAGAAGGGUCAGGCAGAAAAUGGACUUUAGUGGAGUGGUCAAAGAAGCUGGGCAGAGUUGGAUUGAAUUGAACAAUGAAGUACAUACCUUUGUUGCAAGAGACACAGCCCACACCGAGUCCAAUGCCAUUUUCUCAGUGUUGGACAAUUUGAUGCUUGAGAUGAAAGGAGUAGGAUAUGUGCCUACCAAUAAAAUCUAGGGGUGUUCAUCUGAUCCAAUCCGCACUUUUUUGGUCAAACAACAUCCAAUCUGCACUAAGUGCGGAUUUCAUAUUUUGGAUCCAAUCCGAUCCGCAUAAGAGUUUAAAUCCAAUCCAAUCCGCAAUAGUGCGGAUUGGAUCGGUUAUUUUAGAUUGGUUAUUUUUUUAAUAAUAAAUUAUUUAAUAUUUCAUAGAAAAAAAAUUGAAAAAAGACUAUUGUUUCUUAAUUUCCAU